ACUUUUUUUUUCUUAGUGCCCAUUUCCCCGCCUACGUUAGAUGACAAAUUGACAAAAAGGCAGAUAUUUGAAUGUUUGACUUCAUGUUUUUGGGCAGUUUCAAAUUCUUUAUAUAAAUGCUACUUUUUUUUUUGUUUUUUUGGGUUAUAAUUUCACUUGGAUUUGAGUUUGUUUUAAAAGAAAGGAGGAUAUGGAUGCGUUUUGUGCUUAUACUUCUUCAUCCUCUUCCUCUUCUUCCAGCUUUUUGGCUAAAAAAAACGACCAAUCUGAGCAUCAAAGUGUGAAGAGGGAGAUUUCGAGUUAUUCUAAUAACAAUAUUCAUUGUGUUCGGAAGCCGAUGGUGAAGCCGUGGAAGAAACCAGCGAUUGCGCCACUGCCACCUACUCGGCCCAGGGUUUACAAAGUCGACCCAAUUAACUUCCGGGGUUUGGUUCAGAAGCUUACCGGUUUGGCUGAACUCCGAUCUCCACGGCUUCAAAAAAUGGCGCCACCACCGCUUGAUAUUUCCCGACGCCAAGACUCUUGCUCUGCCGCCGUGGAAGACACGGUGUUUAAGGCUUCGUCGCUUUUGAAGGUGGAGAAUGAGGCGGUGGACGGUGGGGGCUUUCUUGAGCUCAAUUUGUCGCCCUUCAACAAGAAUUGGUGCUCUUUCCCUGCAUUGAGUCCUGAGACUUUGGCCAUUUUGGAUGCAAUUUAGAUUGGUUUGUUAUAUAUUUUUUUUGGCUGAUGGGGGAAAAUUAAAUUUCCAAAGUUGGUAAUAAUGUAAUCAAAAUAACCAAACACAUACAUGGAGAGAUCAUGGGUAGGUUCUCCAUUUUGGUUUUAUAUUUAGGUUUGUGAAAGAAUAUUUAUAUCAUAUGAUUUUUUUUCCCUUCUUCCCUUUCUUAAUUGAGUACAAACUUAUUGUGGUUUUAUCAAAUCUCCCUUGUAAAAUGUAGUAAAAGAUAAACACUUUACUGUUAUCUUUUUUCUAUUAAUGUCAAUAUGUAAUUUACCUAAUAGUAACUUUUUUUUAAAAAACCCUAAUAGGAAGCUGGUUUGGAUAA